AUGUGGGGGAUACUUGAGAUUUCAAUAGCUCUGGCUGUUUUGCUCCUGAUCAUGCUGUUUCUGAAGUUGCAAUGGGCACGUAGAUGGCUUCCUCCAGGACCAACUCCCCUCCCCAUUAUUGGAAACUUGUGGCUGCUGGACUUUAAACUGCAGCGGGAGACUCUUGUGAAGUUAACCAACAUCUAUGGAAACAUCUACACAGUGUGGAUGGGACAGACACCUCUAAUUGUACUGAAUGGCUACAGAGCUGUAAAGGAUGGCCUUAUCUCCCAUUCAGAAGAGACUUCUGGACGGCCUCUUACCCCUUUCUAUAGGGACCUGAUGGGUGAAAAAGGCAUUUUCCUAACGAGCGGUCACACCUGGAAACAGCAAAGACGUUUUGUCAUGACAAUUCUAAGGAGCCUGGUACUUGGCAAGAAAAGUCUGGAACAUCGAAUACAAGAGGAGGCCCAUCAUCUGAUAGAGGCCUUUGCAAACGAGAAUGGGAAACCCUUUGAUCCCCACACGCCCAUUGUCCAUGGUAUCGCAAACGUGAUUUGUGCUGUGGUUUUUGGACAUCGCUUCUCCAGUGAGGAUGAAUCCUUCAACCGGCUGAUCAAAGCCAUCUAUUUUGUGAUCUACUUUCAGGCAACUAUCUGGGGCCGGAUGUAUGAUGCUUUCCCCUGGUUCAUGCAUCGCUUCCCAGGACCUCACCAGCAAGUGUUUGCAUACAAUGAUUUUAUGCACAGUUUGGUUAUGAAUGAGGUCCAAAGUCACAAGGAGAAAUGGAAAGCAGACGAUCCACAGGAUCUCAUUGACUUCUACUUGGCUCACAUAGCAAAAAACAAAGAUGACCCCACCUCCACAUUUAAUGAAGAUAACAUGAUUCAAACUAUGGUCGAUCUUUUGUUGGGAGGCACAGAAACUACAACUACCACCCUGUACUGGGCACUGCUCUACAUGGUACAAUACCCAGAUAUCCAAGGAAAAGUCCAGAAAGAGCUAGAGGCUGUUCUGGAACCCUCCCAAGUAAUAUACUACAAGGACAGGAAAAAUCUGCCUUACACAAAUGCGGUGAUUCAUGAGAUCUUACGCUAUAGCAACAUUACUGCUGUUGGAGCCCCCAGACAGUGCGUGAAGGAUGCCACAGUGCUGGGGUAUCACAUUCAAAAGGGUACAAUUGUGUUGCCAAACUUGCAUUCUGUCGUAUAUGACCCUGGGUACUGGGAAACCCCUUGGAAAUUCAACCCAAAUCACUUUCUUGAUUCAGAUGGCAACUUUGUGAACAAUGAAGCAUUCUUACCAUUUUCAGCAGGGCAUCGUGUAUGUUUGGGGGAACAGAUGGCAAGAACUGAGCUCUUCAUCUUCUUUGCCAACCUGCUGAGGGCGUUCACGUUCCAGCUUCCUGAUGGAGUGAAAAAAAUUAAUUUGGACUAUAUUUUAGGAGCUAUACUGAAGCCACAUCCAUAUAGGCUCCGUGCUGUUCGACGCUAGUCUACCAUAUAC